AUGUCAGUAACUUUGCAUACUACGCACGGAGAACUAAAAAUUGAAGUAUUUUGUGAAAAAACUCCAAAUGCUGCUAAAAAUUUUUUAGCUUUGUGCGCUAGAGGAGAUUAUAAUGGAACAAUAUUCCAUAGAAAUAUAAAAGGGUUUAUUAUUUAAGGUGGUGAUCCUACUAAUACAGGAAAAGGAGGAUAAAGUAUUUAUGGAAAGCCAUUUAAUGAUGAAAUUAAAGAAGAUAUUAAGCAUGAUAAAAGAGGAAUGUUAAGCAUGGCUAACUCAGGUCCAAAUACUAAUUUAUCUUAAUUUUUUAUCCUUUAUUCUAAAUAAAAUCACUUAAAUGGAUCAUAUACAAUUUUUGGUAAAGUUAUUGAUGGCUGGGAGGCCUUAGACUUAAUGGAAAAAGAACCAAUAGAUGCAAACGAUAGACCACUAAACGAAAUAAAAAUAAAUAAAGUAACAAUACACGCAAAUCCAAUUGCAGACUUCGAAGAAUGA